GUUAUCAUGCGAUGCGUCACAAAACGGAAUCGGUGCUGCCUUGCUGCAGUAUCACAACGGUGCAUGGAAACCGGUUGCGUACGCCUCCAGAGUGCUUACUGAUACGCAGCAACGCUAUUCACAAAUUGAAAAGGAAGCAAUGGCCAUAGUUUUCGGCUGCGAGAAAUUUCACCAUUUCAUGUAUGGGCGGAAGGUUGUCGUUGAGACUGACCAUCGUCCGUUGAUCUCCAUAUCACAGAAGGCGAUCGGUGACAUGCCGCCAAGACUGCAGCGAUUUUUUUUGCGUCUGCUACGCUAUGACAUUUUAAUGCAUUAUGUUCCAGGAAAACAGCUCCUACUGGCGGACAUGCUGUCCAGGGCUUCCGUUAAGGGCGCAGCAGAUAACGCAGACAACAACAACGACGACGUCGAAGUGCACGCAGUCAACUCCACUGGAAUGCGGCUGGUCACCAGCCGAAAUAUUACAGGGACGCUCGCUGCGAACAACUCUACCAACCGUUCAGGUCGGACAAAGCCGGCGGGUUGACAAACGCCAGCAAACAGACUACUCAAGAGGGCCACUCGCACCGCUCAACAACGGCAAAACGGUCAGAAUAAAAGACAGCUCAUCAUGGAGAAGAAAGGCUCGGGUUCUUCAGUCGUCUGGUCAACCAAGGUCAUACGUUGUCAUGACUGAAGACGGGCAACUCUUGCGACGCAACCGCGAGCAUCUGCUGCCAGCCAGAGAAUCUUUUCGCCUUAGCGGUCCUCCUCACGACGACGAAGGUGUUUUUCAAGAAUACGCUGCCCCUGCCAGCACACAACACGACCCAGAGGCGGCGCAAAACCCAAACAGCACAGCGAGCAUUGUGCCGACAGUUCCGCAACAAGCAGCUGCUCCAAGGACUACAAGACAACGCAGACCACCUCGGCGCUUAAUGUAUGACGCGAACUUUCAACAAGUGCCGUGACUGUAUUCAGUGCUCUGAUCUUUGCUGUAGUUUUGGAUGUGCAGUGAUUCUUUAACUUUCUUUUUGUUCUCCCGAGCUAAAAGCGCUCCUUGUCCUAAGUUUUUUUUUUUUUUUUUCGUUACGAAGGGGGAUGUAUUGUAAUCUGUAUCUAAUCUGCUCAGCAUGCAGCGCGCUCUGUGUUCAUGGCACGAUACGCCCCCAUGUGAUAAGGGCGUUACCCGCCUGUUCACAACGUGUAUAAAACCAGUGCUGAAUAAACGCUGGGACUCACUUUUGCCCAGCAAGUGACA